UUAAUAAGUGUAAUGUACAAUUUUGUCAGAGUAACAAACUCUUGGAUGAUCUCAUUUUCUGCUAACUUUGAUCCAUUUGAAGUUUCUAUUGACGUCUAAUCACAACUGUUCAUUAUAUCGUUUAGUGAAAAUUGCACAAAAUGCAUGAAGAAAAUUCUCCUUUUGGAAACUCAAGCAGAAAUCUUAUGGAAUUGAUUAGAGAGAAGAUCUCAAAGAAGCAACUGUUCUACACUAUUCAAGUCACACCUUCGGAUCCACCGCUGAAUUUAACCUCUUUGCGUCCUCCGCCGCUUUUCGCCAGCAUCACGUGGAUUGCAGACAAUAAUCUCGUGGCUUUUCGACGCAAUCCUGAAGUUUGCCCAGCGCUGGAAAUGGCAAGAGAGCUUCGGAAUAGUUUCCCUGUUCUUUCUCAUCUCACAUGCUUCAAGAUGACUUCGGGAGAUUUGAUGGGAAUCACUCAAAAUGAGAAUUUGCACAGCUUUUUCGCUCAUCAAGGCACAGAUUCUUUAGACGCUGCUAAUGACUUUCCGGAGUUUCGAUAUGCCGCUGAGUUGGUGAAAUGGCUACGAAGCAAUCGUCCAGACGCGACAAUCGCCGUGGCCGGAUAUCCUGAUGGGCAUUUCCUCGCCACAUCGCUUGAAGAUGAUUUGCAGCGAUUGAAAGAGAAAGUCGACGCUGGAGCGGAUUUAAUCAUCACUCAGUGGAAUUUCUCUGCCGCAAAAGUCAUUGAUUUCAUUGGAAAAUGCCGCUCAAUUGGAAUCAAAGUCACUUUUCAUCCUGGUCUCUUUAUUCCGGUGUCUUUUGAGUCCCUAAUCGCAAUUUCAAGGCUCGGCAGGAUUGUUCUCGAUGAGGAUAUUUGGCUGAAGUUAAAGCAACACAGAGAAAAUAAUGAUGCUUUUCAAGAAGUAAUUUUGGGUAUUACAGAAAAUUGGGUGAAGGAGAUUUUGAAGGAAUUUCCAGAAGAAAUCUCUGGUUUUCACUUGUUCACGUGGAAUGAUUUGGAAAUAACACAGAAGUUCAUUAAUCGAUUUUCCUUUUAGCUGAAAGAAAUGUGGAAGAAAUUG